GCAUUCAAGAUAUAAAAUAAGUUAAUUUAAUUUUUUAAAAAUUAAAGAAUGUAAACAAUAACAGGAAAGUGCAUAAUGAGAUCAUUUGAUUAGAUCUUGACCUCUGGUCACUUUCUUCCUAGAAAAAUAAGAGACACGGGCUUUUUCAUUCAUAUGAAAACACAUAACUUUCUAUCAUAUUCCUUUUUGUUUCUGUACAAUCUUUUAUGUUUCUGUCAUAAAAUUCCAUUUUUCCUAAGAAACAUUGUUACCUGACUAUCUUGGGUACAUAUAUAUUACACUUUUUCUAUAUAUUUACUUUAAAAUAAUUAAAUUAAUUAUUGCUACAUAUUAUAAAAGCUGUCUGUCUCCUUACUAGAUAACUAGAAUUUAUGUAGUAAUUGUUUUAUAGAUAAAAGCAUUUCCUUGAUAUUGGAGAGGAGCUUGGUUCUGCUUCAAUUUGGUAUCCCAGACUUUGUUGACUCCCCAAGAAAGGCCUUACCCACCUCCAGAAAAGGGAAUAGGAGAUGGGAAGAGGGGAGAUGGAAAGACGAGGAGAUAGGAGAAGGGAAGGGAGGGGGAACUUGGGUUGCUAAAUGCAAGGUAAAUUUUUAAAAACUUAUAUAAAAAAUGCAUUUCCUAUAAGGGAAUGGACUCAGAUUCAAAGCAAACUCCCAAUCAUUCUACAAGACCAUUUUCUUCUUCAUGUUUUUAAAUUUUAUAAAUGGAUACAAUGUGAUAUAGAAUGAUGAUAACCACAUCAUCAUUCUAUAUCAUCUCCUACUAAAGUUUAUAUUUUUCUUUUGUUUUUGAGAAUACAAUAUAAUUAUAUCAUUUCUCCCUUCCCUUUUUUCCUUCUAGAACCUUCCAUAUAUCAAUCCUUCCCUUUCUCAGAUUCAUGACCCCAUUUUUCAUUAAUUGCUAUUACAUACACGUAUAAACAUAUAUAUUCCUACAUAUGACCUGCCCAGCCUGUAUAAUGCUGCCUGUAUGUAUAUCUUCAGGGGCCCUCCCACUGUUGGCAGACCUCCUUCUCAGCUAGUCUUCAUCUGUCAUUCAUGUCUUUUUUGAGUGUGAGUAACAAAUACUCAAGGCGGGUGAGAACAUGCUUCUCUUCUUGUGAUGUGUGGCUACGAAGCACAGAUAUUUAGCAUCUUCUGCCACAAAGAGAGUUUUUAGAUAGAAUCUCCACUAAUGGGUAAUAAUUCCAUGAUUUGGACAUUUAUCUGUAUGAAAGCAAUGUGAGUACUUUUUUAACAAGUUAUAUACUCCUCUUUUAAAAUAUAGAGUAAAAUACAAAUGCAUUGCAGUAUCUCUUCAUUUUCAUGUUCCACAUAAAACUCAAGCCUUAUAUAAUCUGUGUGUAUCAGACACUGCUAGUUUUCAUGGAUCUGAAAAUGGAGUAUAUAGAAGUUUUGGAAUUCAAGUUCAGCUCUGCCUUUUUGUAGGUUUAUUUUUAUGUCAAGUAAAAUUUUUCUUUUAAGCUUGCUUCAGUCUACUUAAUACUGUUGGUAAAGUACCAACCUUGGUUCUGAGAAAAUGAGAAAACAUUAACUUUAGUGCUAGUGACAAGAGGCUUAGGAAAUAAUAAUCACUGUCCAGUUAAGCAAGAAAGGAAUAAUGGGUUCUUUCUGAUACUUGUCAGUCUUUCCAGAGGAUAAGAUGUUCUGGUCUCUGAACAAAAUGUUCUUUAGCAUGUAGCACAAGACAAAUCUUUAGACCAUUCCUUGCUCACUAUGUACAAUUUUUAUCAUAAUUUCCAUAACUUCAUGAAUAAUCAGGAACAUAUUUGCCAUGUCACUGGGAAAAGUUAUGAUUAUUAUAAAGAGGAUUAGAAGAAUGCUUUUUAACAAAGAAGGAAAGAUAUAAAUAAUUCAAGAAUGAACAAACCCUCAGACACAAAUAUCACUCUAUAAAUAAGAAGUAUGAGAAAGAACCUUUCAUUCUCAGAAAAGUAUAUAUAUACAUAUAUAUAUAUAUAUGUGUGUGUGUGUGUGUGUGUGUGUAUGCAAGAUGAUAGUUCUAGUUCAAAACAGUGUUAUGAUAGAAAAUAAUUAACUUCAAACGGUACCAAUUUCUCUCCCGAAUUAGGCUCCAAAUGCAAAAGCAACACUUCAGAGUCACUAGGAUGGCAAAGAUUAAAAAGAAAAAAUAAAUUUUGUCUUCUGGAUUGCUAUCUUCUGGUUUUCUAUACAUAUACAAUGAGUUAUCCUGUAGUUGGGAAAAGCCAAUAAUUUCAAAUGAAUAUAUGGGUAUUACUUUACUGUCCAUGUCUCAAAGAGAAAAGGAUAGAGAUUAAAGAUAACAAAGUGAAAGUUUUUCAGAUUAGCUGUCUUUUUAGCAAAGCCAAAUUCCCCCCAAAAGGCAACACUUUUAGAAUGACACCUUGGAACACAUUCUAAGAUAGACAUUGAGUCACUCUACAUCAUUUAGGACAAAAAGAUUUCACUGUGGAGGAAGUGUGUGUGAGCAGAUAGAGUAGGAGGAGCAAAAAGGGAAAGUAUAAAGCCAGAGGCAAAGUUUGCUCCUGUGUGUGCCAUCUGCAGGCAACUGGAGAUGAUGAGACAUCUUGCAGGCUGUCUGUUGUUAGCUGUCUACAUGUAUGGACUGAAUGCAGAAUUGAUCUCUCAUUUACAUCCCCCCAAACAAGAAAUUUCCAUUGCUAACUGUGUCUUUCCGUUCGUCUAUGGUAAUGAAUUCCACUACAAUUGUAUCUCCACCCACAGUGACUUUGACUGGUGUUCCCUUGACUUUUACUUCCAAGGAAGGUGGAGAUACUGCACAGCACUGGAUCCUCCAAUAUGUAUCUUCCCUUUCCAAUUCAGAAAAAAGUUCAUUAACGAAUGUACCAAGGAAGGCUACAUUUUGAAUCGGAGUUGGUGUUCAUUGACUGACAACUACAACAAAGAUAGGAAAUGGAAGCAAUGCUCUCCUUACAAUUUUUAGGUAAACAUGGGUGUUUUUGAAGAGACAGAAGUUACAAAUCCAUCAAAUGUCUCUCCAAAUAUAAUUCUUUUAUCAUUAUAGAACAUUCUGAUAAUAAAUGCUUGUUCUUUUGUCUA